AGAUAAAAAAGGGCAAAGGAUGCCCAUUGUAGGCGACCAUCGCCUCCGGCCAAAAACUCGAAGCUUGGUAUCUCCUCAUGCGCUCCCUUUUUCAUCAAUAAAAAAAAACCCAGAGUUAGAGAAUAAAAGAAAAAGGAGAGAGCUUUGAGCGAUCAGAGGCAAAGAUGAGGAUUUCUAAAGAGGAGGAGGAGCCCAAGACAGUGGUGGUCGGCGUUAAGAUGGACGCCGAGAGCAGGGAGCUGUUAACGUGGGCCCUCGUCAAGGUUGCUAAAGCUGGUGAUCGCGUUGUUGCUCUUCAUGUCAUUCCUUCAUCUUCAGAUGGUUGUGAUGUUGAUGGGAGGUGUUCUUCGCUUCUUUCGCUGGUUAAGGCUUUUGAUUCUGUUCUCGCUGUUUAUGAUGGGUUCUGUAAUCUGAAGCAGAUUGAUUUGAAGCUGAAAUUGUGUCGGGGCUCUUCGACUAGAAAGAUUUUGGUUCGAGAGACGAUGAGUUAUGAAGCUAAUAAUCUCAUUCUAGGGAUAAAAAAGAAUUGCCGAGGCAUUAGGUCUUCACCUACCUCGAUCGCGAAGUACUGUUCGAAGAAACUGCCGAAGGAUUGCUCCGUUCUCGCAGUGAGCAAUGGCAAGAUUGUAUUCCAGAGAGAAUCCACAGAAAACAGAAAUUGUUCCAGGAACCUGAGUCGAAAACGAAGCAAUCAUGAUUAUAUUUUCAAUUCUCCUAGGGCUUCUUUCACUUGUUUGCCUGUUGUGUCAAAGCCCCGGUUGACUUAUCCUAGUAGCAUGGAUCACCAUGAUUCAAGAGAUUUUGAAGAAGCAAGAGACCAAAAUUGUGCAAAAUCUAGGAGAGAUGAUUCCUUAGCCUUGGUCCCUGUGAAUAAACCUGGAUCUCCAUCAAAAUCAAUUCGUUCUCUACUUGUUCGCGAAUUACAAGAAUCAAAACCCGGUUGGCCUCUCCUUCGAAAGGCAGUCUUAACCGAUAAGAAGACUAGUGAGAAGCCUAAGAUGUCCGUUGUUCAAUGGGCAAUGAGGCUCCCGAGCAGAUAUAGUGCAAGUUCAGUUAUUCACUCUGACAGCAAUCACCACACUUCUGAUGGAGAAGAACAAUCUAUAGUUCCUACUGGACGAACUGAUUCAUCCUGCUGUUCUCUUGCAACCUCUGAUGAUGAGAAGGAAUUUCCAGAGGAGCUGAGAUCUUUGCAAGAGAAGUAUUCUUCGGUUUGUAGAUUGUUCACCUAUAAGGAGCUCCAGCAUGCCACAUCCAAUUUCUCUUCUGAGAAUUUGAUUGGCAGAGGAGGCAGUAGCAUAGUUUACAAGGGUUGUCUAUCCGAUGGCAAAGAAUUAGCAGUGAAACUUUUGAAGCCGUCUGAAGAUGUACUGAAAGAAUUCGUUUCUGAAAUUGAAAUUAUCACUGCGUUGCAUCACAAGAACAUGAUUUCCCUAUUUGGGUUUUGUUUCGAGAAUGACAAUCUUGUAUUGGUCUAUGAUUUCUUGUCGAGGGGGAGCCUGGAAGAAAUCCUUCACGGCAAAAGAGAGCAUGUGGAUGCUCUCAGAUGGGUUCAGAGGUAUAAAGUAGCGAUGGGUGUAGCAGAGGCACUCGAUUAUCUACACAGUGGUGGUAAUGCUCAACCUGUGAUCCAUAGGGAUGUUAAGUCCUCUAAUAUCCUUCUAUCCGAUGAUUUUGAUCCACAGUUGGCUGAUUUUGGGCUUGCUCUGUGGGCAUCGUCAGCUUCAUCACCCCUGACUUGCAAUGAUGUUGCAGGAACAUUCGGGUAUCUGGCUCCUGAAUACUUCAUGUAUGGAAAAGUCAAUGAAAAGAUUGAUGUCUAUGCCUUUGGUGUUGUUCUCCUCGAGCUUCUUUCCGGAAGGAAGCCCGUUAACUCACAAUGUCCAAAGGGAGAAGAGAGCUUGGUAUUGUGGGCAAAGAAAAUUCUUCAAGAUGGAAAAAUGAAACAACUGGUAGAUCCAAGCUUGGGUGAUAAAUACGACGAGGAUGAAAUGGAGAGGAUGAUACUAUCUGCUUCCAUCUGCAUUCGACAAGAUCCUCGAUCCAGACCUCGUAUUUCCCUUGUUGUGAAGCUACUACGAGGAGAUGCCGAUGUCCUUAAGUGGGCAAGGGCACAAGUCAAUAAUUCUACAGAAGACUCUAUUGCAUUGGAUGAAACAGCAGCAAAUCAAAAUUCUAACAUCCAGUCUCAUAUCAAUCUUGCCCUCCUCGAUGUAGAAGAUGACACACUAUCGGUCAACAGUGAUUUUGUAACAGCAAAUACAUCUCUUGAGGAUUACCUUAAAGGGAGAUGGAGUCGAACAUCAAGCUUCGAUUGAUGGAUUCAAAAACAUUAUACUAUGGUGAUUACUGUUGUUUAUUUCUUUCAUGUUAGAGGUUUUGGAUGAGAGGUGUUUUCUUGUACCCUCCUCGCCUCUUUGCGACCAAUGGUUACCCGAGAUUGUCUUUUCGGGAUUGUAUCCACUAUUCCUCUGAUUGUUCUUAGCCAAAGGGUUAUCCAAUAUAGAGCGAAUUCACGAGUGGUUAUGUAGUUACAUUCAAGGCUUAUUGUAAGGCUACAGUUUUACGUUUGAGUGAGCUUUCUUGUGGUC